AUGUCCGCCGUCAGUUUGGGGCGUUUGGCGUUGAUCACUCUGACCACAGUCCUGCUCAUCAUCGCCCUCAUUUUGUGUGUGGUGGCAUUGGUAACCCCGGCUUGGCAGACCGUCUAUCUGGCCGAAUUCCAGGCCGAACAUCAACAUGGAUUGUGGAUGGAUUGCACUCUGAAUAGGAGGCAUCUGCAAGGGAUGAACAAUGAUCUCCAAUGCACUUACAAGUUCGAGUCUGCUUUUUAUGCGAAUACAGAUUACUCAGAUUCCGUCCAUGCUGAGGAAGAACAACAUAAAUUUCAUAGUAAAAUGAUCAGUUUAGUGUUCUGACUAAAAACAUUUAUUUCAGGCUGGCAUGGGGCUGUUCUCACAUUUAUCGCCAUAUCUCUGGUCAGCGGGACUGUUGGGCUCUGUUUUGUCUUCUGCACUGCUUGCAUCAGGAUCUGCGGGAUCGUGGCCAAUGUUCUUCUUCUGAUCUCGAGUACGUUUAACAUUUUACACUACUUUAAUUCCAUUUUAGCCGUUUGUUUGGCCACGGCCUUAUCAGUUUUCUUCUUCAAUUCCCACAAACAUGAAGUUCGAUUUGUUCAUGGGAUCACGAUGACAUACGAAGUAAGAGCUCAUAUUAAUUUGAUGCAAUCCUUUUAGCAAUCGAAAGGAUAUUCGUUCUACCUCGGAGUGGCCAGUCUGAUAUGUUUAUUCGUCGCAUUCCUGUCCAGUAUCCCGGCCACUGUUCUAGUCUUUUUACAUGAUCGGCAACAACAUCGCCCCAAUAAGACGUUCCCCAAAGAUCAGCCAAUCAGUGUCUAA